AUGGCUGACCCUGCCCAAAGUGCCGCGACCCCAGUGCCUGAGGAGGACGACUUUGAACUGUUUGGUCCGAGUCCUGGAGAGGCGAGUCAGCCGUCGAACCCAGGACCUCAGCCUGUCCCGACUGUUGGACCGCAGCAGGCACCGCAGCCAGUGCCACAGCAAGCACCGGUUCCACCUGCAGUGACGACGACAGUUGGUUUGGACCCACAGCUGCAGCAGUUGAUGCUGAAUAUGAUGCAGAUGCAACAGCAGACGCUCCAGGUCAUGAUGGCUAGGAUGGACGCAGAUGAGAGAAGAAGGCGAGAAGCUGAGGCUGCCUCUGCAGCUGUAGCGGACCCCUUUGGUUCGACGGCUGCGGCUGGAAGUCCGUCAGCUAAAGCUACUGCUCCUCCACCUCCAGCGUCUGCUGGUCCGUCGUUGCACGUAGGAAGCAACAGAGCUGAGAAGUACCUCCCUGCUUUGCCCACCAUCGACGCUCCAUCGAUGGGGAAAGGGCGUGUGAAAGAGCUGGAAGAGUACCACCGUUGGUGUGAAGUCUUGGCGUCAUGGUUGGCGCUCAUAGACGACAACUACGUCAACGAGUUGCGCCAAGCAAUGGUGCACAACAGGGAGAUCAAGCAGUCAGAGAUGUCUGCUCCUGUGGCUUCGAGGUCUGCUCGGUUGUUUUACUACCUUCAACAGAGUUUGCAGAAGUUUGAGAGAGGCAUGGAGCUUGUGAGAAGCACGUCCAUGCGGCAAGCUCAAGCUGCUUGUGGGUACGAAGUCAUGCGGCAAAUGCAUGCGACUUUCAGCAUUGUCUCAAGAAUGGAGGCAAUUGCAGUGAGAGAUGAGGCCCUGAAGUUGCCUGCCAGAGCCCGAACCUACAAGAGGGGCAUGCGCCCAGGGAAAGCAGUGAAGAAUGAGCCCAAUGAUGCUGAGCCCCCACGUCUCACCAUGACGGAUAAGGAAGUAGAGAAGCUGAACCAGUCCUCUUCGAGGAACAGUCACUUUGCGUGGCUUGUUGAUAGUGGAGCCACGUGCCACGUGUUGUCUGUUGCUUCUUUGUCGUUUUACGAAGUCGUGAAGGAGCAUUCGGGACCGCUGCCUGUCUUGAUGAGUGCUAGCGACACCGAGAUGGAAUGCCUCGGGUUGGUCGAUAUCCGUGUGAAGUUUGGGAGGCUAGGGCCUGUAGUGCUUCAGAAGGUCCUGGUUUGUCAGAUUGGUUUCAAUGUGAUCAGUUCUUGGCAGGCGUCGCUUUCGGGUUGGUGUUCUUGGUUCACUGCCACACCCGGAGAGAGUUGCUUGAUGAAGCAGAAUGGGAAGGGUUCCUGGGUUUGGGUUCCCUUAGAGACGGAAGCCAGGAGCUGGUGGGCAAUGGCCCAGGAGAUCGGCCCCGCGAGAGCUAAGGCGAAAGCGAAGUCCAAAGCAGGAGUGCCCAAAGGUACCCCACCGAAGUUUGGGAAAGAAGACGACGACACGGGAGAUGCAUGGAAGUGGACCGCGCCAAGGAGAAGGCGCAUCCGAACAAGCAUCCGCAGAGAGCUUUGGAAGUGA